AUGCAACAAAAUAUAAGGCACGCCGUAGCAAUAGACUACGUAGUACACCAAGCCAAGGCAACACACGAGCAACAUCAAGACAAGGCAAUCACCGGCAAGCAACACAGAGAGCAACACCAGAGCCAGGCAACACGGAGCAAUAGAGCAAAGAGAGCAACACCGGAGCAAAGGCAACAACAGCCAGGCAACACGGUAGCAAAGCCAACACCGAGCAACACCAAAGCAACACACCAGAGCCAAGGCAACACCGGAGCAACCCGAGCCAAGGCCCGGAGCAACACCAGAGCAAGGCAACACCGGAGUCAACACCAGCAGCCAAGGCAACACCGGAGCAACUGCAACACCAGAGCCAAGGCAACACCGGAGCAACACCAGAGCCAAGGCAACACACCGGAGCAACACCAGAGCCAAGGUAACACCAGAGCCAAGGCAACACCGGAGAAAACACCAGAGCCAAGCAACACCGGAGAAGCAACACCAGAGCCAAGGCACACCGGAGCAACUGCAACACCGAGCCAAGGCAACACCGGAGCAACACCAGAGCCAAGGCAACACCGGAGCAAAGGCAAACACCGGAGCCAAGGCAACACCGGUGCUACACCACAGCCCAAGCAACACCGGAGCAAAGGCAACACCAGAGCCAAGGCAACACCGGAGCAACUGCAACACCAAGCCAAGGCAACACCGGAGCAACCCAACCAGAGCAAGGCAACACCGGAGCAACACCACAGCCAAGGCAACACCGGAGCAACACCAGAGCCAAGGCAACACCGGAGCAACACCAGAGCCAAGGCAACCCCGGACCAACCCCAGAGCCAAGGGCAACCCCCCAAGAAAAGGAACCCAGACCCAAAGGGCAACACCGGAAAACACCACACCCCAAGGCAACACCAGCCCAAAGGGAGCCAAGGCAACACCGGAGCAAAGGCAACACCGGAGCAACACCAGAGCCAAGGCAACACCAGAGCCAAGGCAACACCGGAGCAAAGGCAACACCGGAGCCAAGGCAACACCGGAGCAACACUAACCAAGGCACCGGACCCAAGGCAACACGGAGCAACACAGAGCCAAGGCAACACCGAGAGCAACACCGAGGCAACACCGGAGCAACACCAGAGCCAAGGUAACACCAGAGCCAAGGCAACACCGGAGCAACACCAGAGCCAAGGCAACACCGGAGCAACACCACAGCCAAGGCAACACCGGAGCAACUGCAACACCAGAGCCAAGGCAACACCGGAGCAACACCAGAGCCAAGGCAACACCGGACAACACCAGAGCCAAGGCAACACCGGAGCAACACGCAACACCAGAGCCAAGGCAACACCGGAGCAACCAACACCAGAGCCAAGGCAACACCGGAGCACACCGCCAAGGCAACAAACACACAACACCAGAGCCACGGCGCAACACCCAUCACACCCGGCCAAAGCAACACCGGAUGAAGGCGGAAGAAGGCAGACCGGGCCAAAGUUUUCGUGCGCUAAUGAACCACAAGCCAUCGGAUCCCGGGAUUUCGGCAAUAGGCCAGAAAGGUCCCCUUGGAGCGAAAGUGAGGAGGUGUGCGGAAGGGGAAGGUGGUGGGAGCAGGAGUGGGGAAGACGGGUGUGA